GAAUUUAUGUGUUCGUAUCAAACAUAUGAAAUACACCAAUCAUUUUCCUAUACUUUAAACAAUCAUUAUUCGUUGUAUACGACAUGUGUUUAAAAAAAGGCUACCAUCCUAAAUUUCUAAACAUUUAGUUGGUUUCUGUACGUUGAAUCGUGUAUAGAAGUAAAACGGAAGCUAUAUUGUUCUUACCAGGAAUAUUUCUGUUCGUAAAUUUCUGUUGAGUAAACAUGUAUUUAUGAAUCAUUGUUUAAUUUUCGGCAGCGAGUAACCUACAUUUUAUGAAACCAUUUUAUUGUAUGUUCAUGAUGGCCUAUAUUUGUCUUGAUACUCAAAAUCAAAUAUGAAAUAUGACUAAAUAUUUUGUUAUUUAAUAAAAAAUAUCUAAUUUAAAUGCAAUAUUUAAAGAAUAAAUAUACCUUAUGGAAUUCCUCACACUUUCCAGAAUUACGACAAUUUAUAACUGUGGAAUCUUCAUGUACUGGAUUAUUAUUUAACCAUGCAAGACCUCAAGAUUUUGUGAAAUCUCAAUGGGUGUGUUUCAAACCGAAAUAUUUCACAAUAUAUCGUGCGUCUCUGGCAACUCUUUUGUUAGUAUGGAUUAUAUACGAUGUUGUUAGAGAAACAAUCAAACAUUUCGAUCAUUCUAAGUAUGGUUGGAUCACGUACGCUACAAAUUGGGGAUUUCUGCUACUUACCAUAGUUCAUAUAUCACUAGCUAUCUACUGCUUGAUUCACAACAUAAAAUUUCCUAACAAUGAACCAAGAUAUUAUCAACCAAUAUGGUUUCUGUAUAAUUUAUCUGCAACGUGUAUACUUGUAGUUUCUGUCGUGUUUUGGUUUUCAUUGUCGAACAUUCCAUUGGAUGCAUUCGCAAGUUGGCAAAGUGAAGUUAAACAUUCAUUAACUCCAAUCUUGGUCGUGAUUGACAAAUGCCUUUGUGCUAUUCCGAUGCGAAUGAUACAUGUAAUUUAUCCUUGCCUGGUCGGUUUGAUAUAUAGUUUAUUCACAUAUUUGUUUUGGUUACUCGGUGGUGCAGGUCCUUAUCGUACAGGACAAGUUUAUCCUUUCAUUGAUUGGAGUAAGCCACAAACAACAGUACUAACGUGCCUUAGUGCUUUGAUUUGUACUAUUUUAUGUCAUGCCAUCCUUUACAUAAUCUAUUUCAUACGAGUGAAUAUAAGCGUUAAAUUAGGUGGUCGAGGUUUCAUGCUCAUUAAAGAAUCGAAGGAGCCACACUGUUACGACAAUGAGGAAUUUGAUUUGAGCGAAGAGAUCAGUGAGAAUGGGAAACAAACUAUCCAGACGAGGAAGAUACAAAAUCCACAAGCAGCGUAUCAAAAGUAUGGCACAAUUGAAUAAAAUAUUAUUUCUCCAUAUACACAGUAUGCAGACUAACUUUUCAUAUGAUUAUCUUUAAAGAAAUUGCAGGACAUUGAUUUAGUAUGUGGUGGAUACUAUUUGUUAGUUUCAUAUUCAUUUCUAUUGUCCGAUGUUACUGUUUCUACUUCUUAUACUGGAAUUGUGCUUCUAAUAAACACCGACCAGGAUAUUAAGGCAUGAGCUUUACCAACAGAAAUCUUGCCAUUUUUUCUAAAUCUAAAUAAGAUACGACAUAGGAAUGUUAACGGUCAAAUAUACUCUUUGAAAUUAUGGUCACUUAUCGAUGAAAUCAAGAUCGGAACUAGCCUAAAUCUGAAACCAUUUUCACAAUAUGGAAUAUUUGAAUAGUUCUGUUAUUCUAUCUUAAUGAUAUUGUUAAGUCGAAUGAUAAUAUUUGGCUUACUUGUCUAGUAAUCCCUUCAACGAU